AAAACAAAGUGCUACAGUCAAAACACAAAAUGAAACACAAAAUAAAGCUCAUAAUAAAGUACAAAAGAAAAGUGCUAUUGACAAACCACAAUUGGACAAAAAUCCUGCAAAGCACAUGCAUACUCGAGUCAAAGAUUAUUCAGAUGAUUAA